CACAGACCCACACAUCUCCAGAAUGACACACUCCACUGUGCUUCUCGUGGCUCUCGGCGCUUCACUCAUCGCCGUCGCCUCUACGACAAUAGUUCAAGACUGCGGCUCAAAAGCAACGGUGAAUGGAGUGAAGGUGUCAGGCUGCGAACUGCCGCCUUGUCUGCUGAAACGCGGGGAGGACAUUGUUGUCGAAAUCGAUUUUGAAAAUUUAAAAGAAACGACUGAGUCCCUGACUGCGAAGGUCCAUGGUAAUAUUGGUGGUAUUGACAUCCCAUGGUUUGGCGUCGAUGAGAAUGCUUGCAAUGACUUGACUGUCGGUGACUGCCCCGUAGAAGGAAACGAAAAGAUUUAUUAUUCGGCACAUGUACCAAUCCUUAGCAGCUAUCCCGCCGUGUCAGUGAUAGUGAAAUGGCAACUGUUGACACAAAACAAUGAGAACGCAGCUUGUUUUAUAGUUCCUGCACAGAUUGUUUAAUCUACAGCCAUCAAAACGUGUAUUCUAAAUAAAAGUAAUCUGGAAAAAGUUC